AUGUCCACGAACAAGCGACAGAGUAUCUCUGACGAGGCCUCCAAGAGCAAUGGCGAACCUCACUCUGCGUCUCCACGGAAAAAAUUGCGAUUGUCUUCGUUCUUUGAAGUAGAUAGAGAUAGAAGACACGUAAAAGCUGAUGCGAUCCAAGACGAGGGAGCCAGACCAUCCGAGCGAAAUAAACGAUCCUCUUUUGGACACCUGCGGCCUGGAAAAGUGCCCACUCCACCCUCUCCGAACUCUUUUCCGUAUUCUGGUCCGCCAGAACUGUUCGACGUCACACCUGGCCUACUAGAUGCAAUGUUUCUAGCCGAUGAUGAAUCACCUUGCUGGAAUACCGACCAUGCUGCAUUCAUCAAGUCGGCUGCCGGUCUCGAGAAUGAAAAUUGGCUUGGCAAACGGCCACUGGGUUCAGGAAGUUUUGGAACAGCAGGUCUGUGGGAAUUGCGAGAUGACAAUAACGUUGUGAUAGAGCAAAUCGUCAUCAAAGAAAGCAAGACUAUACCUGUCGAAAAAUGGACCGGGGAAGUGCCCGAGGAGGUCAAAAUGAUGCGCAGGCUGAAUAAGACCGGCUGCCAGGCUGUGCCCAAACUGAUAGCGACCUAUUUUCCGGAGCCAUUCUUAUGGCACACUUUUAACAACCUUGUUAAAGUAGCUGCAGCGAUGGAGAAUGGACCGGAUGACACCAAUUGGGGCUAUCGAAUCGUGCACCGUGAUUUGAAGCCCGCAAAUAGCGUUGAGAACAAAGAUAGUGCAUUCUCAUCAUACCCAGUCGCCAAGACUGGAGAUUGGGGUCUUGCUAUCAAAGUCAAGCACGGUGACCAAGGAAACCCAAUUGGACUUCGAGGCGCUGGAACCCAAGGGUAUUACGCCCCAGAGCAAAGACUUUUCCACUCAGGAAUUGCACUUACGACCCAAAUGAACAGGCACCUAGACGGGACAGCUCCACUGCCAAAAAUUUCUGCGCACACCAACAUAUGGGGCAUUGGCGCAAUAAUGUUUGAACUACUGACACAUGAGGCCGUCGUGUAUUAUUUGACUGAUGACGAGUGGACUGUCAAUGAGGCUUUUGUCGACAUCCCGAACGUCCGAACCCCAAGAUACAGCGGCGCUCUAACAGAGCUGAUAAAGCUUUGCCUAAUGCCAGAGCCAUGGGAUCGUCCGAGCAUCGAAGAGCUUGAACUCAAGAUCGGGGCAAAGUGUCAGCGCAUAAUGAACGAGUAUACUGCCAAUCCAAGCCUACAGAAACAAGAUCGACUUUACUACGCAGGUAGCGAGAUCAACCAAAUGCCGCCUGGGGACUGGAAUUACUGGAAUCCUGUUGUGAAGGAUGUGCCGAAGCCAUCGGACCUCCCAGAUCCAAAAGAACCUAGAAACCCUUUCACUGAAACCAUCAAAUAUCCACCUUUUCCCACAUCGGAACUAGAUGGCCCCGAGGAGGAAGGAGGAGAGGUGCAGGAAACCCGUGUCAAAUCCAGUGACGACGACGACGACGACAAGGAUAACUGGAGAUAUGACGGCAAUGAUGAGGAUAUUUGGAGAGAUGACGAUGACGACGAUGAGGACACUCACCACGAAGCAUCCGAGGGCCCAAGAGUGGACGGCGUUGGAAAGCCCAUUGUUGUAUCGGACGGUACUUCAAGCGGUCGUAAUGGCAAUGACCUUAAAGAUCCGGUCGUUAUAUCUGACAGUGAUGAGGAGGAUGAAUUACACGAGAGGAGCGAGAGAAACGAGUUCAAUCGGGGUGAUGAAGUCGAUGAAGGAGAAGAAGACAACUGGGCAAAUGAGAAUAACGAGCGCAAUCCGGUCGUUAUAUCUGACAGCGAUGAAGAAGAUGAGUUAGACGAGAAGAGCGAGAGAAAUGAAGUCAAACAUGGUGAUGAGGGAGAAGAAGGCAGUUGGGCAAAUGAAAACAACGAGAGCAAUUGGGGCGAUGGGAGCGAGGACGAGAGUUCUUCCGAUGACACCGACGCAAGGCGCCGGAUGGCUAUAAAGAAACCUCCAGGCACUUAA